AUGGACAAUGCGCUAGAUCAACAUCCAGGACUAACCAUUGUUAUUGGUGGCGAUGUUAAUCAACUUGAUGUACAAGAGCUGUGUAUGUUGACGGGCUGGAAUGCCCUCGUGACUUUUCCGACUAGAGGUGAUUCCUAUUUAGAUAACGUCUUUACAAAUCGACCGGACUUGUUUGGGGAGUGCAUUCCAUACAACAUAUCAAUCAAAACAGAUCACACGGCAGUUAUCUUGCCAGCAGGGAAGAAAUUAAAACCUCUUCGAAAAACGAUCAAAAUUCGAGACUGCAGGAAACACAGAAAAGAAGCGUUAUAUUUAGCGCUGGCAGAAGAAAAAUGGGAUAGUGUAUUAGAGAGUAAUGAUGUUAAUGAAGCCGUUCGCAACUUAGAAAACCUUAUUCAUGACAACCUGGAAAAGUGUAUGCCACUCAAGACUGUGCGCAUGUCAUCUCGUGAUCCGCUAUGGAUGACGCCUUUGGUGAAGUCCCUGUUAAAGACAAAAUCAAAGAUAGGACCAAAUAAUACGGAUCGGCUUAAAGAGAUCAACAAGAAAAUCAGUGAUCUUAUUUGCAAAAACAGAAAGAAUAUUUUGCAAGCACCAGUUGGCUCGAGGGAGUGGUGGAGGCACAUUGAUAACCUCUCACAGCGCCGACGUUCUUCAGCUAAGGUCUCGCUUGAUGAGCAGUCACUAGUCGAACUCAAUGACUACUUUGCGAACCUCUGUUGGGACACAGCGUAUGAGCAGCCCACCCUGGUCGAAGUCCAUAGUGAAGACCACGCCCCGGUUAUCUCAGAAAGAUACGUAUGGCAAUGUCUGCAGCAUUUGAAGAACACUGCAACCGGACCAGAUCUCAUCCCAUCUUGGAUAUGGAAAGAACACGCAGAAAUAUUUACAUCAAUCAUCUGCAAGAUUUGGAACUGGUCUCUUGAAUCAAGUGUUUGGCCGUCGUCAUGGAAACGUGCCCAUGUAACCCCCCUACCUAAACUGGAUGUACCAAAGGGCAAGACCGAGUACAGAGGAAUCAACAUUACGCCUGUUAUCGCCCGAGCUUUCGAAAAAGCUGUUUAUAACAUUCACGUGCGAGAAACCGUAGAAGAACUUCUGAGUUCCACUCAGUUUGCAUAUAGAACUGGCGGGAGUUGCACAGACGCGCUACUAUGCAUGCAGCACUCGGUCUACGGCUAUCUAGAUAGUCCGGAAUGCAAAGCCGUCAGAUUGUUUGCGAUGGACUUUUCCAAAGCGUUCGAUAGCGUAAAACACACUCGGAUCUCACAAACAUACAGAACUUCCUAG